UGCCACUUCCUGCCCCGCUCCGGCAAGGGGUGUGUCCUGAGCCUGCGUCCCGCGCUCUGAUUGGCUGUGUGGGGCCAUGCCUGCGUGCUCACUUGUGUCCUAAGCCCUGAUUGGCUAGGGGUGAAGCACCCUGGUCUGCGACCUGAGGAAAAUUGUAUCGCGACUUUGGUCUUGGGACCCGGACCUCACACCUGAAGAGACAGGCCUGCGAGGGAAGAGGCAAAGCCCCGGGACUGCUGCGCCUUGCUUCGAGCUGACAGUGAAUGACAAGAUCACACUUUUGCUAAGCUGCAGAGAAGCCCAAGUGGACCAGCUAAAGCCUAGAACAAGGAUGAAGAUUCAAGGUAUAAUGAAUAUAUUCUGAAUCCCAGGACAAUGGGACUGAGCCAGGGGAUUACAGGCCUGUUGUGCAAGUUGCUGUUGUGGUACCAGCCCCGCCGGUUGAUUUCUUUCAGAAAGGUGCAGUCAAUUCCAGGAAACAGACCUUUUCUUGAAUGCUUCACCUAUACAACUGAUAGACAGUCAAACAAAGAAAACAGGAGAACAGUGGAAAAACUCUGUCAGUUUUCAGUUGAUAUUAGCAAAAUUCGUAGAGUAAAAGAAUGGGUACUUUUGGAGGAUAAAACAUAUGUUGAAGAAAUUGCCAGUAUUUUACAAGAACUAGGUGCCAGUGAGACUGUGAUAGCCAGUAUUCUAGAACGCUGCCCAGAAGCAAUUAUCUGUAGUCCACCUGCCGUUGACACCCAGAGGAAACUCUGGCAGCUGGUCUGCAAAAAUGAGGAAGAGUUAAUCAAAUUAAUAGAGCGGUUUCCAGAAUCUUUCUUUACUGUUAAAGACCAAGAGCUCCAGAAGUUCAAUGUUGAGUUCCUUCAGGAGCUGGGACUCAAGAAUGUUGUCAUUAGCAGGUUCUUGACAACUGCAUCACCUAUCUUCAAUAAUCCUGUUGAGAAGAAUAAGCAGAUGAUACAGAUUCUCCAGGAGAGUUACCUAAAUCUAGGUGGCUCGAAGGCUAACAUGAACGUUUGGUUGCUAAAAUUACUAAGCCAAAAUCCAUUUAUUUUGUUAAAUUCUCCUACAGCUGUAAAGGAAACACUGGAAUUCCUCCAGCAGCUAGGUUUUACAAACUCAGAAAUUCUACAACUUCUGUCCAAACUCAAAGGUCUUCUUUUUCAGCUUUGCCCACAAAGUAUACAGGACCGCAUUUCUUUCUCUAAAAAUACUUUCAAGUGCACAGAUGAUGACCUCAGGCACUUGGUUCUGAAAUGCCCUGCCCUUUUAUAUUACUCUGUUUCAGUUUUAGAAGAGAGAAUUCAGGGGUUACUAAGAGAAGGAAUUUCCUUAGCUCAGAUAAGGGAGACACCUACGGUUCUUGAGCUAACACCACAGAUAGUGCAGUACCGGAUGAGGAAACUGAAUGCCUUAGGCUACAGAAUGAAAAAUGGGAAUCUAGCAAAUCUGCAAGGAACAAAACAAGAGUUUGAGUCUAACUUUGGUAAAAUUCAAGCUAAGAAAACCCGACCAUUGUUUAAUCCUGUUGCACCAUUAAAUGUUGAAGAGUGACUACUGAUGUUUUUCUAGCAAUAAAGUGAAACUGAUCAGUGGAAACUUAAGCAAUUCAUGUAAUUUAUAAACAAUAGUAAUGUUAAGAAAAUACCUACUUUUUGAGUUGUUUGCUUUAUCUCGAAAUAGUCUCUAACUCAUUCACUCUUUUAAAAUUAAAUUAAAAUUUUAAGCAAAAUUGGUAACUCUGAGCUAUUAUGUCAAAAAUGCAUGUGCUGGGGCCAGCUUGGUGGCACAGCAAAGUAAUUCUCAGCCUGUGGCACCAGCAUCACAUAUGGCCACCAAUUUUUGUCCCGGGUAUUCCACUUAGAAUCCAGCUCCUUGCUUGUGGCCUGGAAAAGCAGCAGAGGAUGGCCCAAGGCUUUGGGACACUGCACU